AUGGCAAUGAAUUCUCGCUUUGUCUCCUUAAUGCUCUUCUCCUUGGUGGUGGCCACCGCCGCACAUGGUGCCCGGAGAGAACUAUUGCCCGGCGGCUGGAGCCCCAUUAAGGACUUGAAGGAUCCUGUGGUGGUGGAGAUCGCAAACUUCGCCAUAAACACCCACAACAAAGAGGCUAAAAGCAACCUGAUAUUUAAGAGCGUGAUCGGAGGAGAGUCUCAAAUCGUCGAAGGCUUGAAUUACAAGCUUGAUAUUGAGGUGGAGGAAGGCAAUUGUUUGAAUAAGUACGAGGCUCUGGUUUGGGAUAAACCUUCGGAGAAAUUCAGACAGCUCACCUCCUUCAAAAAAUUAUGA